CCCUAGCAGAGCAGCCUGACUGCGAGCAAAAACAACAACAGGCUACUUUGCGAAAAGGGCAGCUGCAUGGAUAGCGACAACAACGACGACCAGGAUUUCACGGAUGCAAAAAUAAUUUCUUAAACGAAAAUGCAUCUUAGCCUUAUAAUGUGAGUACUGUAGCGUUUAAAGUGCUCUUCGCCAGCUGAAGUGAUAUUAAUCCGCUCCUUUAAGGGGAAACUGUUUGCAGGCUAGCUGGCUAGCUCGCCAGCUAUCUGCGUCUCUAUGUUUGAGUGUCUUCCGGCAGCAGCGGUGGCGGCAGCAGCGGUGCCAUGAACAGUGGACUCCCAGCUUCAGCUGCUCCGCUCGGGGGUGCCGGGAUACCUAAUGUCAAGGUGAAGUUUUGCCGAUACUACGCGAAAGACAAAACCUGCUUUUAUGGAGACGAGUGUCAGUUCCUGCAUGAGGAUCCGUCCAUGGCGACCCUGCCGCUGCACGGCGGCGGUGGUAGCCCCGUCCCGUUGUCUAUGGCCGGGGGUGGCGGGACGCCAACGGGGUAUUCCCUCGGCGGCUCCGCGGCGGCCUGCCCGGGAGGCGGUGGGACCGGUGUGUCCAAGAAAAGCGAAACAUUGGGGCCUGCAGGCACGACUCUGGAGGGGCAGCUGUUGACCAUCCCAGGGAUGGAGGGCGCCACCUUGAGCGAUGCCAAUCUUACCAACUCUUACUUCAGCAGCAGCUUUAUUGGGGUCAAUGGGUUUGGAAGCCCAGCCGAGUCGAAAUACUCAAUGAUGCAGCGAAUGACAACCAGCAGCAGCUCUCCUAGUCUCCUCAACGAUGGUGCCAAGAAUUUCAGCCACAGCACUCAUGAGCCAGUGAACUCCCCGACAUCCUCACUGUUCAGUGAUUUCGGUGCUCUUAGCAUUUCCCAAAGGAGAAAGACUCCUAACCCGGCAGCAAGUGAGUUCAUCCCCAAGGGAGCUCCACGUAUGGCCGCCAUGGCUCAGUCCACUGUCCAGGCCUUCCCCUCGCCUCUCUUCCCACAUCCUGGCCUCAGCAGCUCCACAGCUGCUGCGCUGGCUCCUGGCAUGUCUCUGUCUGCGGGAUCUUCUCCUCUCCACUCCCCUAAAAUUACACCGCACACCUCACCUGCUCCUCGUCGGCGCAGCCACACCCCAAACCCUGCCAACUACAUGGUGCCCACCACUGCAGCUGACCAGGGCACUCACAUAAUCCAGAAAGAGACCGUGGGAGGGACCACCUACUUCUAUACAGACAACACCCCCGCACCGAUGGCAGGGAUGGUGUUUCCUACCUACCAUAUCUAUCCCCCUACUGCACCCCAUGUGGCUUACAUGCAGCCAAAAGCCAAUGCCCCGUCCUUCUUUAUGGCUGAUGAACUCCGACAGGAGUUGAUAAACAGACACCUGAUAACAAUGGCCCAGAUUGACCACUCAGAGAACCCAGAUGUACCAUCUGAAGUGGACAGCUACCACAGCCUCUUCCCCCUUGAGCCCCUCCCUCCACCAAACCGCAUGCAGAAGACCAGCAACUUCAGCUACAUCACCUCCUGCUACAAGGCUGUCAACAGCAAGGAUGACCUGCCUUACUGCCUGAGGAGGAUACACGGUUUCCGCCUUGUAAACACCAAGUGCAUGAUGCUGGUGGACAUGUGGAAGAAGAUUCAGCACUCAAACUCUGUAACACUGAGGGAGGUCUUCACCACAAAGGCCUUUGGAGACCACUCGUUGGUGUUCUCCUAUGACUUCCAUGCGGGUGCAGAAACCAUGUUCAGCAGACACUUCAACGACCCAGCAGCAGACUCGUACUUUACCAAGAGGAAGUGGGGACAACAUGAACCUCCCCCGCCACGGCAGCAUGCAGGUCUGCUCCCCGAGUCUCUGAUCUGGGCCUACAUUGUCCAGCUCAGCUCGGCCCUGCGGACCAUCCACACUGCCGGUCUGGCCUGCCGUGUCAUGGACCCCAGCAAGAUUCUUAUUACUGGCAAGACCAGGUUACGGGUGAACUGUGUUGGGGUGUUUGAUGUCUUAACUUUUGACAACAGUCAGACCAAUCAUCUUGCCCUAAUGCCACAAUACCAGCAAGCAGACCUAGUGUCGCUGGGCAAGGUGGUGCUGGCGUUGGCAUGUAACUCCCUGGCUGGCAUUCAAAGGGAGAACCUGCAGAAGGCCAUGGAGCUGGUGUCUAUCAACUACUCUUCAGACCUCAAGAACCUCAUUCUGUAUCUGCUGACUGAACAGUCUCGCCUGCGCAGCGUCAAUGACAUCAUGCCGAUGAUUGGAGCUCGAUUCUACACACAACUGGAUGCAUCACAGAUGAGGAAUGAUGUCAUUGAGGAGGACUUGGCCAAGGAGGUGCAGAAUGGCCGUCUCUUCCGCCUGUUGGCCAAACUGGGCACCAUCAAUGAGCGCCCAGAGUUUCAGAAGGACCCGACGUGGUCAGAGACAGGCGACCGCUACCUGUUGAAGCUUUUCCGGGAUCAUCUGUUUCACCAGGUGACAGAAGCUGGGACGCCCUGGAUUGACCUCAGCCACAUUGUCUCCUGCCUCAACAAACUGGAUGCAGGCGUUCCUGAGAAGAUCAGCCUGGUGUCUCGGGAUGAGAAAAGCGUCCUGGUUGUGACCUACUCAGACCUGAAGCGCUGCUUCGACAGUACCUUCCAGGAGCUGCAGGCUGCAGCCUCCGGCUCUCUGUAGCGCCCUUUCUGGCCCGGGGUGGGACUUGCCCGUACCUGGAACACACUUUUGCACUACAGCGGAGGACCAGGCUCGUGGAAAUGACAUCAGCAUGGCAAAGGCAGCGAGGCAGGGCUUCGUGAACCUCAGUCACAUACACUGACCGUGUCCACCAGGAAGGCUUUUUCUAAAGUGUAUUUUUUUUAGUUUUCCUAAACCCUGCAGCUGAGAAUCGUAAAACAAAAGGAGAAAAAAAACAUAACAUAAAUGGACAAAUACGGAAGCUGUGACAAACGAGUAUGAGGACAUUUUUUUAGAUUUGGGGAACAAAACAAACAAACCAUGAGGUUUUGAACUUUUUUCCGGCUUUUAUUGUUUAUUUCUACAGUUGGGGUUUAUUUUUCUGAGGAGGAUGCACUAAGAUUUUAAUUUUUUUGUUAAUUUUUUGUUAUUUUUAUCAAUAUGUGUGAGUGGCCUACAGGGUGUACAGAGAGCUAAAGUCACACACACGGACAUAAAUACCAGAGCAGACUUAAAGAGAUAAAACAAAAAAUUAAAUCCAGCUUUCUAUUGACAGCGUCUUUCCUCCGGCUGGAGACCACACCCCUUCAUUCUGACGCACUGGGAGAUGGGACGCACCACUUGAGGCUUUCUCUGGGGCAGGAUGGCAGCCGUUUCAUGAAAUGGGCCAGUCCACUUUUGCCGUGGUCGUUGGUUCCCCCUCAGAAAGGACAAACCACUUGGGUGUGUGGGAUGGGUUCCUAAAACUGGAAAAGUCAAUGGAUUUCUGACAUUUUAGUUCAGGAGAUUGUGGAACAUCAGGCUCAUAUGUGUGGGUGGGUAGGCUAACAUGGACUGGGAUUUUGGAUUUUGGGGGACAAAACGUGGUUUUCGUUGGCACUGAGGAAGGGGUGUCUUCUCCUGAUGCCGUCUACCAAGUGUUUGUUACAUAUGCAGCAACCACCUUUGGUUAAAGGACGCUAUUGUGACAUGAACUGCAUAAGGAUGGGUCAUUUUGGUUUGGCUGUCCAGCACUUGGUUGUAGCCCGUGGGUGGGGCUUCUGUUGAGGUGGAGCCACAGCUGCCUCUUUGUGGAAUGUCCUUAUUUCGUCCCCCGCCUGUCCUCCCGCCCCCAACGUCCCCUUUCUCUGUCUCUCUCUCUGGCUCUCCCUUCUUCUCUUCCUGCUUUUAUCCCAAUCUUCACUUCCCCUCAGGGGGUCUGGGCCCCUCUACAUUUGAGAAAAAGUGACGCUUUUUGUGAUUUUUCUAGCUGUUUUUUCUCUUUGCUCAGAUAUUGUGCAGGAAUGCAUGAUGGGGUAUGGGAGGGCAAUUCAUUUUUGCCUCAAUUCAACUUUAUUAUUCUGUGGACCAAUUCCAGCAGGGGUUUAGGUAAAGGGAAGGGCAUGGAGGGCGAAGGAGAGAAUAGGGCACCAAUAGAUUUUCUUUUUAAUUUUUAUUUGACUUUUAAAGAUCAUGAAAUACAAACGUGCUGGAGACAAAGCAGUGGGGCUGGCUGCUGCUCUCACUCGGAUGGUUUGGAAUUCUCUCAGGAUGACAAACAGGUGGAGGGGCCCAAUGAUUGAAUGUGUUUGGCUGUCAUUGGCCGCCCCCUGUCCAGUCAGAUAGAUGAGCUACAGUGGAGUGGGUGGGACGUCUUCAGGUGGAGGUUUUAGGAAGUUAGCGGCACUGUGGAAAUCAUGCUGUGAGGGAUUUCAUGUUGCCCUGAAGUACGGUUCAUAAUCACUUAUGAUUUGUGUCAAAUUGACAAAAUGAAUUUGGUGCAAAUCUGCUUCAUGAUAAAGAGAUCGAUCCAGACUCUGUCCAACCACUGUACUUAUUUCUUCUGCCUUAGUCGAGUUCUCGGUAGCUUUUGACGAGUUGGUAUAAACAUAAGAUGAGAAAAACAGGGUCUUGUGUGAAGCACAAAAGACGUGAA